UAAAGAGAAACGAGAGAAUUGAUGGCACCUAGGGCGUGAACCUGGGAUGCAGGGAUUCACUGCUGAACUCUCUCAAGACUGUCUAUCAGCGAAACACUUAAUGACGGAAAGAAGCUCACUUGAUAACCUGUAGGGUGCCAUCACUUAAUUGAACAUCCCACAGAGGCUCAUCGGAACCAAAAAAUGCGUGAAUAGAGGGAUAUUAACAUGUAGUCCUACAUAAUACAUCGACCUUUUGUCGGUGGAGCACAUCAAAUCUCAACAAAAUACAAUCAAUUCAACCUUGCAUGUAUACUUUGUGUUGUAUAUGACCCCAAACUUUGAAAAGCUUGAAGGGGUAUGAAUACUUUUUCAACCACUGCAUAUCAUGCUUGGUAUAUCCAAAUUUGUCCAUUUGUUCAUACAGGACUAGUUAAUACAGUCUUGUAUGUGGCACUCAUCGUGACGUCAUACUUGGAGAACAGUGACAAACUUUGAUCCAGCCCGAUUUGCUUGGGGGGAGGUACGAGAACCAAAUAAAUGAGGCGAGAGCCACAGGUUAGUUUUGGACACAACGCCGUCUGAGCUCCAGUUUCUCGAUGGAGUCCGAGGACCAAUCGGAGCUCUGCUUUCCACAGCUGGGCAACCUCUCCUGCAAGAAGUCUUCAUUUGGCUCAUCUGUUCUUUCGGUUGUUCUGCUGUUGGUCGUCUACGUCCUCACUGUGCUGCUCAACCUGGUCGUCAUCAUCUCAAUCUCCCACUUCAGGCACAUUUCCUUCAUUCCAAGCUCUCAGCUCCAUUUCACACGUCUGUGCUUUGUGACUCUGCUGUUAUUGUUCAUGUUCAGCUUUGUUCGUUUUUUUUUUUUUUUGGGUCCGAGUGAGAACUUGUCUUCUGUGUCAUGUUUUUUCUUUCUUUCUUUGUCGACGUGCAGGCAGCUCCACACUCCCACCAACCUGCUCCUCCUCUCUCUCGCCGUCUCCGACUUGCUGGUGGGACUCCUGCUGAUACUGCAGCAAACCUACAAUCCCAGUUCUUGCUGGCUUUCGGGAGACAUUCCGUGUUCUCUGUAUCAAUUUGCGUACUUGGUGGUGACGUCCGCCUCGAUAGGAAACAUGACGCUGAUAUCGGCUGACCGCUACGUGGCAAUUUGUGAUCCUCUGCACUAUAACGUAAAAGUCACUGUGAAAAGAAUUCAACUUUGCGUUUGUCUCUGUUGGCUCUUAUCUCUUCUCUACUGUUGCAUCGUUUUCAACGACCUGCUGAUCCAUCCGGGCAAGUACAACUCCUGCUACGGGGAGUGUGUUGUCACCGUUGACUACAACGCAGCUUUUGUUGAUGUUGUUGUGACUUUCAUCCUUCCUCUCAGCAUCAUUGUCACUCUGUACAUGCGAGUGUUUGUGGUUGCUGUGUCUCAGGCGCGAGCGAUGCGCUCGCACGUUGCAUGCGGCAAACUGCGACACUCUGCGCCUUUCAGGGCAAAGAAAUCUGAAGUGAAGGCCGCGAGGACUCUUGGCAUUCUGGUUGUGGUAUCCCUCAUGUGCUUCUGUCCGUACUACAUUGUCUCGCUCGCUGGCAACCAGUUCAGGGUGUACCCCGCCACCUGCCCGAUGACAGCUGGAAUAGGCUCCAGCGCUCCCCGUGACCCUUGUAAGGAUAACCAGCUGAGAAAAUGGAUGGAUGGAUGGAUGGAUGAAGAAUUAUUGUGGUAAUAACAAAAUAAUAAUCCAUUCUCGUGUUUCUAUUUUAUCAUUCAUAAUUACUUGAACAAUAUAAAUAUAUUAUAUAAUAUAAAGUCUAUGAACCCACUACUUAAAGGGAAAUCUUAAUAAAGGCAGGUGAAAUGUGCAAAUGUGAAUUUUAAUAGUAAAGUACUACUCGUUUCCUAUUUUGUUCAAUUUGUUUUCUUGUGUAACCAGUUAUUAAAAUACAAAGUGCUCAAAGUACAUAUGUUCAUGUUUCUAAUAUAUGUACUUGUCUCAUGUUCUUGUUACAUCAAAACACCAGUUCCUGUACUAAGGGAGAA